AUGUCCGGCAUCGCGAGAGGUCGUUUGUCCGAGGAGAGGAAGAAUCCGGAUGGCUCGGCCAACCUCAUGAAGUGGACGUGCGGCAUUCCCGGCAGGAAGGGCACCGACUGGGAGAACGGCAUCUUCCCCCUCACCAUGGCCUUCACCGACGACUACCCCAGCAAGCCCCCAAAAUGCCAGUUCCCGAGUGGUUUCUUCCACCCCAACAUCUACCCCUCGGGCACCGUGUGCUUGAGCAUCCUCAAUGAAGACGAAGACUGGAAGCCCUCCAUCACCGUCAAGCAGAUUCUGCUGGGCGUGCAGGAGCUGCUCGACAGCCCCAACCCCAACAGCCCGGCACAGCAGGACGCCUACGCUCUCUUUGUCACCAACCGCACCGAGUACAAGCGCCGCGUGAAGCUCCAGUCGGCCAAGUACACGCAGUAG